GCAGUAAAGCAUCGAAAGUAGUUUGUUGUAGUUUUGCCAAGCGAUUUAUUAACCAUGACUACUGCUGUAGUUUCCCGAUAUUUUUAACAGUGGUCUAGAGUCAUCCUGCCGUGCUGUGCUCAGCAAAACUCACGUAGGGGGUUCUCGGACAUUGAGUUGACACCGGUUUAACACGCUUUUUUACAUUGACAACAAAAAUGGAUUUCUUUUCGAAAAAAAUUUGCUUCUGCUUUUCGCCGCGAACAAGCGCCAAAAUUGUUGGCUUAUUAAAUUUGGUAGCUCAUCUUUUUAUACUGAUGGGUUUAAUUUAUAGAAAAUAUUUCCGGCAGGAAGACUAUGAAUCUAAACGCACUGCCAAUCCGCUGUACUUCUUCAAGAUUAUCUUUGUGAUUGUAUCUAUCAUUGUUGCCAUUUUCGUUCUGAUCGCAGUAUCGAAAAAUCACGAACGCAGGCUCCUUCUGCCUUGGCUGAUUAUAAAACCCUUUACGGGGCAUACAGCAACUGGCUACAUGUUCUACAUUGCUCUUUCAGAUUGGAUAAAAAAUGAGAUUGCCACGGGAAUAGUUUUCGUUGUGGCAGGUGCUACUAUUUUCGCAUUUGACGUCUUCUGCUGGUUGGUCAUCUUAAGCUACUAUCUCAAGUUGAGGGAAGUUUACAAGAGGAAUAAGGAUAGUCCUCCCAGCGGACGACGAGCGACAUCUAAGGCUGACCAGAAUGUUUUAAUGUUUAAUGAACGAUGAAGUUGUCCGCGGACCGCGGCGAACAAUCGAAUAGAAUACGAAAGCGUCAAAAGGGUGCGAAAUGAAAUCGUAACAUUUUCUUCAUUGGAAACUCCUAAUUUUGAUUGAGCUGUCUGUUCAAUAAAUUGUCCGCUGUUAUUAAAAUUUUGUGUUUGCGCGCAUCUCAACAUCACAGUUCAAAGUAGGGACGCCAUGUUUGUUAAAGUCAGAAGGACUCAUUUUUUACGUUGAUCCCAGUUGAUUC